GAUGAGGUUGUUGAUCAUUGCAGCUGCCUCUCUGGCAGUGGUGAGCUGUGCCAGCCUCUCUCUGGAGGACCUGGAGUUCCACGCAUGGAAACUCAAGUUUGGUAAAUCCUACAGCUCCCCUAAGGAGGAGGCCCAGCGCAAACUCAACCGGCUCUCCACCCGCCGCAGGGUCCUGACCCACAACAUCCUGGCUGAUCAGGGCAUCAAGACCUACCGCAUGGGCAUGAACCAGUUCUCUGACAUGGAUGAUCAGGAAUACCAUGUUCUCCUGGGAGACUUGAUUUCCUCCAAUGUCACCAAAUCUCCAUACGAGCCAGGCAAGAGCAUGAGGUUGCUGAUCAUUGCAGCUGCCUCUCUGGCAGUGGUGAGCUGUGCCAGCCUCUCUCUGGAGGAUCUGGAGUUCAACGCAUGGAAACUCAAAUUUGAAAAAUCCUACAACUCCUUUGCGGAGGAGGCCCAGCGCAAACUCACCUGGCUCUCCACCCGCCUCAGGGUCCUGGCCCACAACAUCCUGGCUGAUCAGGGCGUCAAGACCUACCGCAUGGGCAUGAACCAGUUCUCUGACAUGAACAACCAAGAAUACCAUCAGGCUAUCCUCUCGUCUCAACGCAAUCACUCCAAUGCCGCCAAUGCCUCACCCCAGAAAGCUGCAUUUGCCUCCAGACGGCAAGGGGACGCUGAGCUGCCUGCCUCUGUAGAUUGGAGGCAGAAGGGCUGUGUGAUGAAGGUCAAAGAUCAGCAUCAGUGUGGAUCCUGCUGGGCUUUUGCUGCAACUGCUGUGUUGGAGUCCCACACCUGCAUUGAACACGGCUACCUGCCCUCUCUGAGUGAACAGCAGUUGCUGGACUGCUCCCGCGCAUACGGAAACCACGGAUGUCAUGGAGGCAUAGAGACCCAAGCUUUCCAGUACGUCACUGACAAUGGCGGGAUAGACACUGACGAGGCCUAUCCUUAUGAGGCAAAGGAUGCGUACUGCCGUUUCAAACCGUCUGGCGUUGGCGCCCUCUGCCAUGGGCACGUGGAACUGCCGUAUGGGGAUGAGGAAGCUCUAAAGGAGACGGUGGCGUUUGUGGGGCCUGUGGCUGUGGCGAUUGACGCUGGACAGUCCUCCUUCCAGCACUAUGUGUCCGGUGUCUUGUAUGACCUUCACUGCAGCAAGACUAUAACAAACCACGUUGUGUUGCUCGUGGGCUACGGAACUGAGGAUGGUCAAGACUACUGGCUGGUGAAAAACAGCUGGGGCGUCCAUUGGGGAGACCAAGGCUACCUCAAGAUGUCCAGGAAUCAGAACAACCAGUGCGGCAUUGCCUCUUAUGCCACAUACCCUCAAUUGAUCUUGUUAUGUGGCAGCAUGAGGUUGUUGAUCAUUGCAGCUGCCUCUCUGGCAGUGGUGAGCUGUGCCAGCCUCUCUCUGGAGGACCUGGAGUUCCACGCAUGGAAACUCAAGUUUGCUUUCUCCGGCCGUGCUUGUCCCAUAGCUAAGUCCUACAGUUCCCCGGAGGAGGAGGCCCAUCGUAAAAACCUCUGGCUCUCCACCCGCCGCAGGGUCCUGACUCACAACAUCCUGGCUGAUCAGGGCAUCAAGACCUACCACAUGGGCAUGAACCAGUUCUCUGACAUGGAUGACCAAGAAUACCGCCAGGCAGUCGGUCUUGGUGAGUUUGUGCUGACCAACAAAACCAAAAGCACAGCUCAAGAAGGUGUGAUGAUGACAUCCAGACAGGAAGGGGGCACUAAGCUGCCUGACUCUAUGGACUAUAGGAUCUGUGUGACUCAUGUCAAGAAACAGGGCCCGUGUGGAUCCUCAUGGGCCUUCAGUGCUACAGGUGCGCUGGAAUCCCACACCUGUCUGAAGUAUGCUCGCCUACCCUCCCUGAGCGAGCAGCAGCUUGUGGACUGCUCUGGUUCCUAUGGCAACCUGGGCUGUAAUGGAGGAUCUAUGACAAAGGCCUAUAAGUACAUAAUUGGCGCUGGAGGGAUAGAAAGUGACUUAUUUUAUCCGUAUGAGGCAAAGACCUCACUUUGUCGUUUCAACUCGGACUACAUUGCUGCCCUCUGCCUUGGGUUUGUGAUUUUGCCCCCUGGGGAUGAACUUGCUCUUCAGACCACUGUGGCGUAUGUGGGUCCUGUGUCUGUGGCCAUCGACUCUGCACACGACUCCUUUCGUCACUACUUAACAGGUGUCUACUAUGAGCCUCAGUGCAAAAAUCUCACUUCAACCCUUGGCAUGCUGGUGGUGGGUUAUGGAACUGAUGGUGGUAAAGAUUACUGGCUGUUGAAAAACAAUUGGGGUGUUACUUGGGGCAAUCAAGGUUACAUGAAGAUGUCCAGGAAUCAGAACAACCACUGUGGCAUUGCCUCUUAUGGAUCUUAUCCUUUAGAGUUCAGUGCCAGAAGACCUCAGGGAUCUCCUGGCAUGAGGUUGUUGAUCAUUGCAGCUGCCUCUCUGGCAGUGGUGAGCUGUGCCAGACUCUCUCCGGAGGACCUGGAGUUCAAAGAAUGGAAACUCAAGUUUGAGAAAUCAUAUAGCUCACGUAAGGAGGAGGCCCAUCGUAAAAACAUCUGGCUCUCCACCCGCCGCAGGGUCCUGGCCCACAACAUCCUGGCUGAUCAGGGCAUCAAGACCUACCGCAUGGGCAUCAACCAGUUCUCUGACAUGGCAGCUGCGCUGGAGUCCCACACCUGCAUCUAUAAAGAUGGACGUCUCCCCUCUCUGAGUGAACAGCAGCUGGUGGACUGCUCAAGGUCCUAUGGAAACAACGGCUGUGGCGGAGGCCAUGUGCUGAAUGCCUUUAAGUACUCUAUGAAAAACAGAAAUAUCAAUGAGGUGGACUAUCCGUAUCAAGCCAAGGACUCAACAUGCUGGUUUAAAAAAAAUAUACCAAAAGAAAUUAUUGGUGCCCACUGCCGUGGCUAUGUCGCAUUGCCUCCUGGAGAUGAACGGGAGCUUCAGUUGAAAGUGGCUUUAAAUGGGCCUGUGUCUGUGAACGUCGACGCUUCAAAAGACUCUUUCAAGGAUUAUGCAUCAGGAGUGUAUUACGAGCCUCUGUGUGGCAACAAGAUUGAUAAUAUAACGCAUGCCAUGUUGGUGGUGGGUUACGGUACAGCUAAUGAAUUAGGUGACUACUGGCUUGUGAAAAACAGUUAUGGCACAACAUGGGGAGAACAAGGCUACAUCAAGAUGGCCAGGAAUAAGGACAACAACUGUGCCAUUGCUGCUUAUGCCUUCUACCCUAAAGUAGUGUUCCCAGACGACCAAUAA